CUCUCCUGCUUUCUCUCUCUUCAUUGUCUUUGCCGAUGUAAAUUUUUGUCUCAAACUGCUUUCGAAUAUUCAAAUCUUCCUCUUUAUCUCUCUCUCAAGUUGCAAUUUUUACUAGUUGAAACCUUCAAAAACAAAAACAAAAAAAUACUAGCAAAAAGGAAGAUAGUUAGCUACCCUCCCCCCUUUUGAUUAAAACCCACGAAAUCUUUUUCCAAGAAGCCUAGUUGUUUCUUGGCGGAGAAUUUUUGAUCAAAUUUUCUUGGGAGAUUACUGUCGAAAGCUUGGGUAUUUCUUGGUGGAUUUUGGUCGUUAGGUUGAAAGACUAAAAGGGUUUUUAUUUUAUAGAAAGAAGGAAUAGUAUGAAGAUCAAAGAAGAUGGUCAUGAAGCUGUGAAGGGCUUUUAGCUUUAGACAAGGGUUCUGUUGCUUUGAAUUUCUAGGAGAGAAAAGUUAAAGCUUCCUAGCCAAUUUGGUUGAAGACUUGAGAAGGAUAUUUAAGAGUAAUAACGAACAAGCAAAACAUUAUGGUUGCAAAGGGACGCCAGAAUGCCACUGACUCUCAGAAAGUGGAGGUGGGAGAGAUAGAUACUAGUGCACCUUUCCAAUCUGUUAAAGAUGCUGUCACUCUAUUUGGUGAAGGCGCUUUCUCUGGGGAAAAACCUGCCAUGAAAAAGGCAAAAGCUCACUCUGCAGAGAGAGUUCUAGCCAAGGAGACUCAGCUUCACCUUACUCAAAAAGAGUUGAACAAGUUAAAGGAACAGCUAUCAAAUGCUGAGAUAACUAAGGCUCAAGCACUUGUAGAGCUAGAAAGGGCUAAAAAAACAGCUGAGGAACUCUCACACAAACUCAAAACUGUUAACGAGUCCAAGGAUUGUGCAGUCAAGGCUACAGAAGCUGCAAAGAAUAAGGCUAAGCAGAUUGAAGAAGCAAAUUCUGGUAUUCUUCCCGGACCCGAUGGAACUAGGAGCCAGGACUCGGAAACUGCAAGGGAACAAUACAUGAUUGUAAUUACUGAACUUGAUGCUGCUAAACAAGAAUUGAGGAAGGUCCGUCAGGACUGUGAUGCAUCCUUAGAAGCGAAAAUUGCUGCCUUCAACCAAACAGAAGAAGCUGAACAUGCAGCUAAGGUUAACAUGGAGAAGGUUGGAGAGCUCUCUAGGGAAAUUUCAUAUGUACAGGAGUCGAUCGGACAAGUGAAGCUUGCAUCUCUUGAAACACAGCAAGAACAAGCUAAAAUGUUUGCUGAAAAGGACACUCAGAAGCAAUUAUAUAAAGCUACCCUUGAAGAGUCAACAAAGAAGUUGCUUGCUUUGAAGAAUGAAUUUGACCCUAAGCUUAUGCGAAAUCUUGAAGCUCAACUGCUUGAAACAGAUAAUCAGAUUGGGUCUUUGCAGAAACAGAUGGAAAGUGCAAAGGCUUCCGAUCUGGAGUCUGUGCGAACUAUUACUUCAGAGCUAGAUGGUGCUAAAGAAUCGCUGCAAAAAGUCGCUGAAGAAGAGAAUUCCUUGAGGAGUUUGGUGGAGUCUCUUAAGGUGGAACUAGAAAAUGUGAAUAAAGAGCAUUCUGAGCUGAAGGAGAAGGAAGCGGAAACUGAGUCCAUUGCUGGGAAUCUGCAUGUCAAGCUUCGGAAAAGUAAAUCAGAGCUUGAAGCUUUCCUUUCGGAGGAAUCCAAAACAAGAGGUGCCUGUGCAGAAAUGUUAUCAACCCUCCAACAGCUAUCAGUGGAAACAGAAAAUGCGCUGCGAAAAGCAGAAGAGAUGAAAAAGGAAGCAGAGAAGUUAAAGUUGGAAGCUGAAGCCUUGAGAAUUGCACUUCAGGAAGCAGAUAAGCAGCUGGUGGUUGCUCUGGAAGAAGCGGAAGCUGCAAAAGAAGCCGAGACUAGGGCACUUGAUCAAAUAAAGAUGCUUUCUGAGAAAACAAAUGCUGCACGUGCCUCAACCUCUGAAUCUGGAGCCAAUAUAACUAUCUCCAGGGAAGAGUUCGAGUCUUUGAGUCGUAAAGUUGAAGAGUCAGAUAAUAUAGCUGAAAUGAAAGUGGCUGCUGCCAUGGCUCAGGUCGAAGCUGUGAAGGCUAGUGAAAAUGAGGCACUUAAGAGACUAGAGGCAACUCAGAAAGAGAUUGAAGAUAUGAAGGUUGCAACUGCAGAUGCUUUGAAGAGGGCAGAGAUGGCUGAAGCUGCAAAGAGGGCUGUGGAGGGAGAGCUCCGGAAGUGGCGUGAAAAGGAACAGAAGAAAGCAGUUGCAGCUGCAUCUCGGAUUCUGAUAGAAGCACAGAUGUCAACAGAAUCAUCCCCCCAGCACUACAGAAUUCAAAAGCAGAACCCAGCAGAGAAAAUUGUGCAGGCUAAAAUGUUGGAAAAAGAGAAGUCUUCUGUCUCGAAAAAGGUGCUUUUACCUAAUAUCAGCGGUAUCUUCAAUCGAAGAAAGAACCAAAUUGAGGGUGGAUCUCCGUCGUAUCUGCCUGGUGAGAAGACUCUGUAACAUUGCAUUUGCCUGAUCUUUGUACAUUUAUCAAUGGUUGAGAGAAACAUAUUUGAUUGUGUGUACAUCUGAGAACUGUGAAAUCAAAUCCCUGUUAUUCUUGUGUGAGGAAUUUAAAGUGGAACAUCUAAGGAUUAGUUUGCAAGCAAGGUGGAGUAAAUGACUUGUGUAUAUUAUUACUAUUAGGUUAAUUGAUGACUUGGCAAUGGAAAUGAAUGUUUGUGUUGUUUUAA